AUGGCUGUGGUCGACGAUGGGCUCAUCCACGAAUGGGCGGCGGAGAGCGCGGCGGCGGAAGCGAGAGAGUCUGGCGUGGGGGUGGUUGUCGAGUCUUCGACCGUGUCUAAGGUCACCGUGUUUAGCGACCAUGCCGAGGUGGUGCGGUCGGUGCGGGCAAGUGUUCCGUCAGAAGGACGGCAUGUCGUGGUCGUCAAUGGAUUGCCGGCCAAGUUGGACCCGAACUCGGUCCGCGCGGCGGUGCAUGGCGGGGCGCGUGUCCGUGGCGUCAAGGUGACGACGUCGAUGAAUGACAUCGCAACAAGCGGUGCGGCGGCGGGCGGCGGCUCGAGCGAGGAUCGCUACGCCGCCAAGGCUCGGUGCGAGGUGAAGCGGCGGAUGCUCGCUGCUUUUGCGCAGAGUAUGGCCAGGCCGGACAGCACGAGUGGGCGUGUGCGGUCACCGGAAGAGAUGGUGGCGUUCCUCGGUUGGCAGAAGACCGAGCUUGCGCGGCUGGAGACCAGCGAGGCAGGUAGAGAUGGAGGUUUGACGUGCAAAAACAGCAGCCAGGCUAGUACGGCGGUGGCAGUUGACAUUGACGCGCCGGUAGGAGGCUCGCUGGUCCUUGCGAUCGCUUACGUGGUGGUCGGUUGCGCCGGGUGGGCGCCGUCGUACGUGGUGCAUGUGGACCGCUUGGGUGGAGCGAUGGAAGUGGCGAUGCGAGCCAGAGUGUGGCAGGCCACCGGCGAGGCGUGGCAACUGGCGCAGAUGGUGGUCUCGACGGGCGCCGCGGGAAACGGGCGGGUCCCGCCGUCUGGAGUGGCCGUGACUGCGACAGUGGCGGCAGAAGGCGAGAGGCAAGGAAGUGCGGUGGACGGCAACUGCUUUACUGCCACGUACGAUGUGCUCGAGGCCGCAGAGAUUGCCCCGGAUGGGGCGCAGCACGAGAUCGGCCUCAUCGAGUUUGAGCUCGAGACCGAGGUGCGGCACGUGUGCCGGCCGCGGCAGGCACCGACGGCGCUGAUGCUCGCGCGCGCGCUCAACACGUCGCGAGUCGCGUUGGCGCCAGGCGUCGCGAGCGUGUUUGUGGAUGGCGGGUAUGUUGGAACUUGCAGCCUCGGGUGGGUGCCACCUGGCCAGGCGCUCGUUGUCCCACUGGGCUCCGACAACGAGGUCCGCGUCGACCGGCAGCGGCUCGCAGCCAACGCGCACACAUCCGGUUGGUUCAAGUCAGCGCGCCGUGAGACAUAUGCUUUCCGGGUCGAUGUGGCCAGCUCGUCGGCGCUGCCUGUGGCGCUCGAGGUCUGCGACACCCUACCACAACCGGAGCAUCCGCGGGUCCGCGUUGUUGCACAGGAACUGCCGCCUGGCACAGGCCCCGCCUUUGUACUCGGGCCUGAUGCGCAGCUGACGUGGAGUGGGACGCUUGCACCGGGCGAGAGUGUCAGCAUCGUGUACUCGUACGCCGUCGAGCACCCGUCGGGCCUGGUUGUGCAAGUGAAGAACUGA